ACGACUUUUUACGAAAAUUAAGAGAUUUUUUCCCGGAGAAAACGGCCAGUAGCCUCAUUAUUUUUGCGGUUUCCACUAAUGAGUUUAUUCGUGCCACCAUGAUAGUCCGAAUAUGUCGGCCGGUCCCGCUGUUACUCCUAACAGUUCUUGUGUUUUGGUCACAUUGUCAAAACCAUCGCAUAUUCCUCCCGAACCUAUCAGAGGCGUGUUUCCGCUGCCUGUGCUACGUGUCGACCAAGUGCGACCAGGGUGCGACGUGCAGGGGCGGAUACUGCGGCCCCUUCAACAUCUCCCGGGUGUACUGGGUGGACGCCGGAAGGCCCGUCCUUCCCGAAGACGACCCUGAGAGGAACCGCGCUUGGGAGGACUGCGCGCGAAGCUACGACUGCGCCCAAACCAUCAUACUCGGGUACUUGCAGAGGUUUGGAAAAGACUGCAACAGCGACGGCGUGACGGACUGUUUCGACUACAUGAUGGUGAACGGCAACGGCGGGUACGGCUGCACCGCGCCGCUCGCCGAUACGGCCAACGGCCGCCGCUGGCUCGCCAGAUACGACGAGUGCCGGUAUUCGCUGCAAUAAAAUGUUGACAACA